UAGAGAAACAGCAGCAAAAAUAGCACAUGGAAUGUUGUUAGUUUGUAUCCACAACUUGCAACGAAAUGUUCUCAUCGUGGUCGAAACCUAUGUUACCCUUUGACAAAAUGAAGUGGUUAAUUCUUAUUGCUAGCGUCUUCGCUAUUUUCCAAUCUGUCCAGGCGGCUGAUGUUCCAAACAACUGCCUGCAACACACGGACGUCACCGGAACGUUCGACCAGUACUUCUCUCUGGACGAAAUAGGCAACCAACGCUCGGAAGAGAUGCCGAUCGAUUUCUACAUAUUCAUCGAGUUGCGGAACCUGCAGGAAGAGAUCGCCAUUUUGCUCUCGAGCAAAGAUCGCUCGAACCAGUACCCCGACUUUGCGCGCAGCUACGAGAUUCGGGUUGGAAACGUGUACACGGUCAUCUACAGGGAGACCGUGAAAAUGCGGGCUUACCACAGCCCGAAAGAUAAACUAUUUCCCGGGGAUAAGUUCAAAAUGCAUUUCAAAAUUGUGAAGAAUGGUAACAUAACCAUCACGUUGGAUGACAACGAGCAGAAACCAUUACUGAAUGUGUACGAUAAGCGUGGAACGCUGGAUGUGCGGUACAUUAGUUUCGCAUCCCGGAUGAACGCGUACCCGAUAACGUUUUACUUCAAGUGCGAUAUGGAAAUGCCCAGCACCGAAGGACCUGUAGCGGAAGCGCUCCAAGCCUGUCCGGUGUGUCCCAAGCAGAAGUGUGAGGUUAUCGUUAAGGCGUGUACCGAUAAUAGCAAGGAUUUCGCUGAUCCGGAGAAGCAGAAAUACUACUUUUACUUCAACAUGUACUUGAGCAAGAACAAGGGGAAAGGUGUGACCACGGAUGAGAAUUUGUUGAAGUGAAUCGAAAUCGUGAAAAGUAAAAUAGAGCCUUGAAUGUCUCCCCUGAGAGUGUAUAAUCCAGGUUUGUUGGAGACAUUUUGCGGAAUUCAUUCUAAAUACAAUAUGCGUUUAUGUUUUUUUUCUAUCCCAGGCUAGUUACUGUUCGACAAGGUCGUCUUCAUUCUAUGGCAUUCAGCUGUAGCAGAAUUUUAUAUAUUGUAGCAUACUGGAUUUAGCGCUGAGUAACUUUCCAAGAUUUGUCUCAAAGUGCCAAUAUGAAGAGGCAUUGAUAUUGGAAUACUCUCGAACAAUGGUUGCGAGUAUUCCGUUGCGAUUCGCUUCGAUGUGGAUUUGGAUGGUUAUCUGAAUAGCGGAGCGCGAAUAAAGCUUUCUAUCUCUAGAUUUUUCUGUUAUAUAAAUUGCUCAUCUUGCUUCGGAUAUAAGCAGCAGGUCACAAUAAUUUUAAUCGAUACCAAUCAAUAUCAAUCUUAUUGGGCAUCAGAAAGGGCAACGAUCCGGGGUAUAAAAUUCUUGUUCGAAAACAUCCUUCCAAUACAUCAUCUCAAAAAUUUUCGUAGAGCUUCCUUGAGCGUUUGUUUAUCCCUAGAUUUUGCUUUGCGUUUAUGGCUUGAAGCUUCUCAAACCAGUCUGCUUCUUGGCUUUCUGAAUAUAGAAUUACAAAACUCCUCAUAUUUGACAGUGUUAAUUCCACCACGUUCAAAUUAGGGUUUUAGGAUCAACUGUCUUUGCUUUUCUGUCGCUUCCUGUCGAUGGUAUAACGUUCUAACAUACUUCAAGAGUCGAGUCAAGUCACGAGCAGAUAGUUCGGGAUAUCAAGUGUUACCGCGCAACUUCGAUUCGUGACGCGUUUGUUUCAGUAACACCAUAAUCUAAACCAGCUUUAUCCAACCUGCGGCCCACCGGGCUCUACUAGUUGAGAAAACGAUAGAUGAGAAUAAAGGAGUUUGCCACAUUACACAUUGUUACACAUCACACGAUUACACAUUAUUUAGUUGUCUAGUUAAGUGGUAUUAGUAGAUUAAAUAUUUACUAAAUAAAUUGAUUCCGAUUAUUAGGGCUAACGUUAGUUAGUUGAUGUUAGUUAAUAAAAAUGAAAAUUUUGAUAUGAAAA